GUGCGUGCGGCUGCUUCGGGCGCUGCUGUGCUUCCGGGACGCUGGGCAGCCGGCGCCUGUGUCCAGCCCGGCCCGCGCAGGCGGACUCGCGGGCACGGCCUGGGGCCUGUCUCCAUCCCUGCUGGCUGGGCUGGAGGCUGCCGCCGCGGGGCUGGGCUGCGCGGUCCCCUGGCGCAGGCGCGGGCAGAGCGGGUGUCGGCCUGGGAGCUGUGCCCACCUAACCCUAACCCUAACCCUAACCCUAACCCUAAACCUAACCCUAACCCUCUGGACACGCCGAUGCUGCCAGCUGUCUGGAGGGGACGAGAAUCUCACCGUGACCCCUGGUGGCCCUGAGCCCUGGGUCACUCGCCCCAGGCUGCAUCUGGUGGACAGCAGAGAAGGCUGGGGCGGGUACGGGGCUGCAGCAGAUCUGUCCAUCCAGGGAGCUGCAGCUCUGGGAAGGAGCCCCAGGAGCCACGGCCCUUCUGUGCUGGGGGAAGCCGGGAGGAGGCCGGGCUCUGAGCCUGGUCCUGAAGGAGGAAGAGGAGUCCUGGGAGGGUGUGGCCCCUUCCUGGGAGAUGGACUCCUCUGAACUUGGAUUGGCACCUGCCCAGGAGAUGACUCACCUGAACUUGGAUGGGCAGCACACCCACAACGCUCCCGUAGCCUGGGGGCCCUCUGCAGAGGCGGUACACCUGUAGUUUGCUGAAUGCCUGGGACGUGAGGAUGCCUACGGCUGGGGAAGGUGCCGGGGAUGCUGCCACCUGCCCGCCGCCCACUCAGAGGGCGACAGCUGCAUGUGGGCGAGGCCUGACCCCACUCCAGCAGCCCUCCCUGAGGGGUCACAGCUGUGGCUCAGCUUUGCACCCGUGGCGGACACCAUCGCCGCGCACUUCCUCCUGACCGUGGAGCAGAUCAACUGGCUCUCAAUGGUCUUCCUUGUGGUGUCCAUCCCGGCCAGCGUGGCAGCCAUCUGGGUUCUGGACUCUGUCGGGCUCCGUGAGGCGACUAUCCUGGGUGCGUGGCUGAACUUUGCUGGGAGUGGGCUUCGGGCCUUGCCCUGCGUGGCCGUCGGGAUCCCCCGCCCGUUUGCCUUCCUCAUGGCGGGGCAGAGCCUCUGUGCCCUGGCCCAGACCCUGGUCAUCUUCUCUCCGGCCAAGCUGGCCGCCUUGUGGUUUCCAGAGCGGCAGAGAGCCACAGCCAACAUGAUCGCCACCAUGUCAAACCCCCUGGGCAUCCUUGUGGCCAAUGUGCUGUCGCCUGCUCUGGUCAAGAAGGGGGAGGACAUCCCUUUGAUGCUCGGCAUUUACAUGGUCCCUGCUGGCCUCGCCUGCCUGCUGGCCACUACCUGCCUCUGGGGGACUGUGCCCCCCUCCCUGCCCUCUGCCGGGGCUGCCAGCCCCACCUCAGGGACGUUCCUGGAUGGACUGAAGCUGCUCGCCUGGAACAGGGCCUACAUCGUCCUGGCUGUGUGCUACGGGGGCGGCGUGGGCAUCUUCUCCAGCUUCCUGGCCCUCCUGGAGCAGAUCCUCUGCGUGCACGGCUACUCCAGCGAGUUUUCUGGCCUCUGUGGGGCCCUCUUCAUCCUGUCUGGGACCCUGGGGGCCCUGGUCCUCAGCCUGUAUGUGGAUCGGACCAAGCGUUUCACUGAGGCCAUCAAGGUGGGCUUCUGCCUGACCUCCAUGGCCUGCGUGGCCUUCGUGCUGGUGAGAGCCCCUCUCGCCCUGCAGGGCCCCUGGGUGGCAGCUGGGCCAGUGCUGCUUCAGGGUGGGCAGUGUAUCCGACUACAGCCUCCGUGCCCUGCCCCCUCUCCCCAGGUGUCCCGGCUGCAGGGACAGCGCCUGGCACUGGCCACCGUCUGUUCCCUGUUUGGGCUCUUUGGCUUUGCAGUGGCGCCAGUGGCCACGGAGCUGGCGGUUGAGUGCUCCUACCCUGUGGGCGAGGGUGCUGCCGCGGGCCUGGCCUUCAUACUGGGGCAGGCAGAGGGUGUGCUCUUCAUGGUGCUGAUGUCGGCACUGGCUGUGCGGCGCCCACAGUCCUCCUCAUCCACCUGCCGGCUUGGCGAGGACCCGCUGGACUGGACAGUGUCCCUACUGCUGAUGGCUGGCAUGUGCACCCUCUUCACCUGCAUCCUGGUGCUCUUCUUCCACACCCCGUACCGGCGCUUGCAGGCUGAGUCCGACAUGUCCACCUUCGCCCAGGACACGUCAGCAGCACAGGACCGGGCACCAGCUCUGGAACCAUCCCCUGAGGCUCCGGCACCGUUGGUCCUGGAGUCGGGGGCCCAGGAUACUUGGACGGCAGCCCAGGCCGGCUCAGAAAGGGCAGCGGGAGAGGCAGGCGGGGGCCAACAUGGCUGUGCCUGCCACGGCUCAGAGCCAGCCACGGCACACCUGGGUCUGGCCAGAUCAGACCCAGGGUGGCUGGUGCAGGUGCCGGCUGGGGGAGAAGGCUGUUGGGGGUUGAGCGCGGGGCAGAGUCCGGCCUGAACGGUGUGUGGAGGCCCUCGCUGGAAGGAUCCCAUGCGAGUGACCAGAGCCUCAGGCUGGAGCCCCGAGGGUGGGGCAUUGUGGUCAGCCUGGGGUCCGUGCUGGUUGAACUGGCUGGCAGGCUCCUCCUCCCGAGGCCAAGCAUGUAGCGCAGCACCUCGUAGCCCAGCUUGCGGCCGUGUGCACGGAGGUGAGUGCAGCAUCUUGUCCACCGAGGGGCGGGAGUAAAUCCCAGACACUGAA